AUGCUGCCACAAGCAGUUCAAGAUUUUUUAAACAUACCAUCAGAUCCUGACCUAGAUGGUUAUCAGGGCGAUAUAAGUUUUGAUGAUACUGGCAAUGGCGACACUCGCUCUAGUUCCCCUGUGAUGACCCCGUCUGAUGACUUUAUUUUGGAACUUUUCAAUCCCCUCAAUCCUCUUGGGUCCUCUCUUUUGAACAGGAAUUUCUUUACAACAUUGGUCCAACACAAACUGGUCAAAGCACAUGAAACUGAAGCAGGUAGCAGAUCAGAUACCGGCAGUAUCAUGGAACCUGAGAGUGAGCCUGAGCCUAUCAUCACUGUAUCAACUGUCCCCCAUCCAAAAUACAAUCCUGGCAGUACCACUGAACCGGAAAGUGAUGUACCACCCCCAAAAUACAACCCUGGCAGUACCACAGAGCCAGAGAGUGAGCCAGAGCCCAUCGCUAUUGAGCCACACACACCUGUCGCUCCGCAGAAAGUCCUGCCUAUUCUUCCUCCGAACUAUGAACCUGGCAGCACAACUGAGUCAGAAAGUGAAAUGGAUGCACCUAAUGCAGCCCCCCCUCCUGCAAACAAUCCCAGUAGUGUCACAGAAUCUGAAAGCAAGCCAGAUGCACCUUCCACCACCAUGACUCUACAGAACACCAGUGUGAUGACUCUGGUCAUCAAAAGAAAAAGCUUCUUCAGUACACCAAGUCCACCUGGCCCUGAUUCCAUCUAUUGGAAAUAUGUGUCACGUGAGGAAGAUGCAAAGUGGUAUGAUCAUUUGGGUACUGACAACAGCUUUUGCACUGUUCGCCAAAUGAAAGAGGAGUUGCAAGAGCUUUGUGAUCAAUACAUUAGUUCUACUGUAGGAGCAAAGAAAGAUGUAAAUAUGUAA